GUUGCGAGUGGAGUCGAGACACUCUUUGCGCGAUGGUGACGAUAAUUCACACGAAGACGAAGGCGGAGGUUCGCGAGGAGGAGAGGAGAGCGAGAGAGGCAGCGAAGCAAGGGGCCGGAACAAGCACGAAAACUCCGGAAAAGACAAGCACGAGAACUCCGGAAGCGGCGCCAAGAAAGCCUGAAGCUGCAGAGCCAAAAGAUGAAAACACGAAGAAGAAGCUGGAAGAGGAUGAGCUCCAAGACGUAAAGAAGAAGCGCAGAAAGAGCCUGGAAUCAGGGGAGUCGAGUAACCCAGCUUAAGCUUCUUCUCUACGGAGAGCUACGUAAGGCCCGGCGUUGCAAUUCUCGUC